CUAGUUUUCAGGUCGCGAAAGUUUCCCAACCAAUCCCUAGCAUGUUUUUGUCUCUCAUUCCUGUUGUGUUUUCGAGAACGCUAAAUUAUGGCUAAACAUUUCAGGCUGCGUUUGUUGUUCUUUUUAUUGUUAUUGUAUUUGCCUUUGAAUCAUGUGGAUUGUUAUCGGUAUUAAAGAAUGGGCAGUUAGCUUGAUGGUUCAGCUGCAGGCUCUAGCCCGGCCGCUCGAUGAAUACGCACUUCAUCGAGCGGCCGUGGUUCUAGCAUCGUGCGCAUGAGUAAUAAUGUUAGCUGCCACAUUUGCAGGUUUGCCGCUGAAUCGACAUCGACAGCAAUAUGCGCUCGUCCCGUCAUCUGGGAGAGCGUCUUCGAACUAUUUCGCGGCAGGCGUGUGUACUGUCAUACUAUGCACGCUCGUUUGUUUAUGUCUUGACUGAACGGUUAUAAGCCGCUGUACGCUGGUUUUCGGUAUGGUGAGCGGCAAACUGAGACCAAAAAGGCUGUUCCUGGCAGUAGACAAGACGUAAAAGUCCAAACGAACGCGACGAAAAUUUGCACGGUCUGAUCGAAGCAAGUCUGCGGAAUCGCUUCUCAACCGUGGUAAGCCGUAACCGUUAGCUUAACCGCAGUUCAGGCUGUCCAUGUGACAAGGGUAUAAAUAAACGAACGAUGCUACCAGUGCGAGCGCUACUUUCGGUAUUUACGAUCAACAACGUCGCUCACGCCGGCGACUUGCCGGCUCGGCGGAGUUCAUCGAUAAGUGGCUUGUGCGAGGUGGCCGAUCUUGAAUUCGACGUCGGUAGCCACCGCUUAAAUGUCCACGGCGGCGCAGCGAGUACGAAGACAUGUACGAAGUUGAGACCGUCGUGGGAGAUGGUGGACGGAGCUUCCGAAGCCAAGAUGGACUCUCUAUUGUGCGACCAAGUUUUCGAAAUUGGAUACUUCUUCAAGUUCAAGGCGCACCAGCCACCAGGAAUGUUUCUUCGAAACGUGUCCAUACCGCUGUUCAAAGUGCUCGAUAAAGAUGCAUCAUCAAAAGCCGCAGUCGAUCAAGGAGUAGUGCUGCCGGCAAUUGAACAUGCGGAUAGCGGGGUGAUCGACUGGGACACAAACUUUUUUCUUGAAUCCUCCCUCAUAAAAAACCAGCUGAUACAGGCAAUAGCAAGGGGAUGCAAUGUCUUGCCCCUUGACAAGCGCCUGUCAGCUGUCAACAAGACUCUGUGCUUCAGAAAAGCCUACUUUGGGGUGCCAGAGCUAAGCGACCAAGAAGCAGCCAAUGUACUGUUGGCAUUCGUAGGGAGAGUCAAAGAAACGCUUGCCAUUCACAAGCCAAAGCCAGAUCCCAAGCGUCAGCCAAGAAUUGGACUGGCUCUACCUCUUUUACACUUCAGAACAAAUUAUGUGCUGCCAGAUUACAGACGUACAAUUGCCAAGGUCAUCGCUGGCUUUGCAAAGGCCGUGGAAAUUGACUACAGCCGCUUGUCACUAAAAGAACAGGUGAUGCAGACACAAGACCUUGAUGUGGUGCUUGUAGCUGGCAGCGAUGCAACCUCACUGUCCAGUGCCCUUUACCUGCCACCAUGGGGAGUGGUUGUAAGGCUUAGCGAAGAAACUAGUGGAAAGAAGGAAGACUCCGUCGAACAUCUUUUGGAAUCGCGGGGUGUGCUUCUCACGGCGACUGCAUCUCCGGAAGCAAGCAGAAGCCUCAACGACGUACCAGUGUUUGGCGACAACACCAUCUCCAAUAUUGAACAUGUCUUGCGCAAAGCAGUAGCCAUUGUUCAGCAUAACUUGCAGAAACUCUGACAUUAGCACUGGAAUUUCUUGUCUUGCAUCUACCUAGAUAUGUGCUCAUGGCUAGGUCAGUUCAAUGUUAAAACCACACUUGCAUAAUUUGGGGCAGGAGAAUUAGUACUUUAAAACUUUACCCUGCUAGUAUGCAUGGCAUGUAAAUUCCAGUGCAGCAAUUUUCCAAAGGCAGAGCAAUAAUGCUUGCAGCACAGCACGCACUGUGGCAUGCAUGGAGGCUCCUACAAUAAUUACUUGAGGGAAAUCUGGUGCUGCAAUUCUUCAGCCACCAUGGUAAUGAUGGGUAGUACAGUGGACUCUCGUUGAUAACAAUCUUCAAGGGAACCGGAAAAUAAAGCGUAUCAUCCGAAAAUCGUAUUAUCGCACGUUUUAUUCAACCAAAUUGUAUUAUAGGAAAAAGAAACGUAUUAUCCUCAAAAACGUAUUAUGCGGAAUCGUAUUAACGAGAUACCACUGUACAUAGAUUUGUCUGAUCUUAGCACUUGUAGAUUCAGACGUUCUUGUGACUUUGUUUAUUAUGCUUUAUCUGCCUUCAUUGUCCUAAAUUUCAGCACAAUCUAUACUUUUCUAAAUGCAUAAUACUUGGCGAACACGCACAAUUGCUACUAAUUGAAGUGGUUCAGCCUGUCAAGGUCGCCAAAUCGAAACGCGCCGACUUGCCCGUGAGAAAUUCAUAAUAGCGUUCUAUGCUGCUUGGCGAUGCAUGCAUUUGUGGUGUAAUGGUUUCAAUGUCAGGCUUCGGUGCUAGUGGUGCUGUGUUCGAACGCUGCCAUCGGACAAUUUUAAUAAUGCUUACUUAAUUAUUUACUGCACAGUACUUUGUUGAAAAUGACGAGUUUACAAAGUCACGAAGACGUUUGAGGACGAGGUUUAGGCAAAUACAUGCAUUGCCCAUCAUUCCUAUGUUGGCUCCCGUAGACACUGGCACCUGUGUUUGCUCUAGUAAUUAUUGUAUGAAACUCUAUGGUGGCACGCAGACAUUGUAUAGUCGCUGCAAGCACACAAUGCUCUGGUUCUGGUGUUUACCGUGCAGCACAUGUCAGGAAUGGCAUGGGAAAUUGAUAGCUAUUCCAAGACAUGAAACAGUAGGACCUGUUGUUGAGGAAUUCAUUGUGGUAUGUACAAGCAAUGUAAUAAUGUGGCCCAUGUGAUAAUUCUAAACAUUGACUGCUCCCUGCAAGUAUGCAAACAAAGAUAGUAUUGGUAGAGACUAAUAAACAUUGUUAUGGCUAGAUUACGUUGAAACUAAUGAGCAUAACUUGAACGCCGUACACACCUGCCGCAACAUGUGCUUAUUUGUAGGUUGCUAAUAGUUUAAAUUCCAGCCUAAUUCAUUCGGUAUACAAGGUACGACCAUUACAACUUCAGUGAAAAUUUCACCUUGCUGUGCGGCUUACAGUAGAGCUAAUGAAAAGUGGUAGAUCAAGUCUGAUCUUCAGCUGUCAGCACUUCAUUUGUGACAUAUGCUAUAUUCCUGUCCUUAGUACAGCUAAUACACUGACAUGACACAGAGAAAUCGGCCCACUGCGUCCACGUACUUGUUGAGAAGGAAAAUAAGUUAAAAGUUUCAUUUGAUAUCACAGCCACCAUUGCAUACAACUUGCUCGAACUUGCGUCUAUCCAGUAAGCAACACUGGGAAGAAUUAUAUAGUGCAUUUCAUUUUUCCGGUUUAUUAAAUGCACAGCGAGGACUUCGGAGGUUAGCAAUAUUUUUUAUUUUUUACGGCCUGUUGUUUCUGUGCAAUAACCUGUUGGGCAGCCUAGCUAAAACAGCUCUUGCAGUGACAGCUCUAACUACUAUUCAGGUAACUCCAAUGCAAUGAUGUCAUUUUAAAUUCUGCAGCAUAUGUGUGGAGUACCAAUGACACUGUCAUCAAUUUUACAAUGUGUGUGUCCCAACAUUUAUUGAGUGCAAGUAACAGCCUAAGAACACAGCGUGCCGCCUUCAAGGAAUUAUUGCUUGCCCAUUCACCGUUAGUGUCGCCUUAUUUUUUAUCAUGAUGUGAAUCGCACAACUGACACGUGCUUGGUUUCUCCUGAACGCUGAAGCAAAUUUCAGUGCCACGUUUAAAUUAUUCAAUUGUGCUGUCUAAUGCCCCAAAACUGCACAGUUGGUUACGAAGGACGCUGUAGCGGAGGCCUCCAUAUUGAUGUUGACCACCUGGUGUUCGUGUAUGCUGCAAACUGCAAUGCCAACUGCAACGUAAUUUUGGACCACAUAAAAUUAUGCCUACGUGCCAAAUUUUACGUUUGAAAUAUGAGUGGCAGCAUCACGAAAAGCUAGCAAGAAACUGAAAAAAAUGCGCUACCACUAGCCAGAAGUGACGUAUGACCUAGAAUGUGCAUCUCCUCUGCGUGACUUUCGAGGAUAGGUGGCUGUCAGUGACGGGCUGAACAAUCUCGGAGGUGGCAUGCUGGAACUUGCGUCAUAGCCGCUAACUAGAAUGUCCAUACAUCUGCUUGGUGCUGUUUAGAGGCUGCUAAUAAGAAAAUUAUACAAUUACCAGCCUUGCAGUAAGCUUCAGUGGUAUGUACCACUCAUUUUUAACCAAUUUGGUUAGAGCGAGAUUUCAUUGCAGCUGUCCUGUAACAUAUUCUGCUCUUUUGGGUGCUGUGUAUUCAUGCUGCAUUUCAUGCCAAAACGCCAGCUAUGAUGUGGUUUCCGAUCUUGACCACUCUUAUGUCAGUGAAAUAGCUGUGUUUAAUGCGCCUUCUUCUGCAACUUUAAACAAGGUAGAAAUGCUUUAGAAAUGCUUGCCGUAUUUUUGCUGGCAUUGCACUGAUACUUAAAAAUGUUUCUGAUUGCAAUAGAGCUCAAAGUUGCAUUUAUAUGCCCGACUUGAAGAAUUAAAUCUCAAGACUUUUACAUGUAUGUGUUCAUAUUAAAAGUCUGGCAUAAGAGUGUGUCACACUUUCACUUGUGCCACCUUGGUUGAGCAUUCCUCUUGACAGACUGCGUAGUGCGUGUGAAAAAUACCACAAUUAUUUUCCUCAAACCUGAAAGAAGCUGUCUCGUAGUUAGAAGAAAAAUCUGUUCUGGUUGUUAGGAGCUCCAGUUACUAAAGAGGUGUGAACUCAAGGGCACAGCAUAAAGAGCUGGGUAGCUCGUGUUUUUGGUUUUAGAUACAGGUUUCCGUUUCAUUCUUAGGCUGUUACUUGCUAUGUAUCAAACAUCGAUCUGAUUAACGGUUUUUACAUCUUCAAGUGUUAUGUGUUUGUGACCACGUUUAGUGUGCUUUUCUUUGUAUUUCUACAGCCCUCAGGUAGUGUCUACACAUCAGCAUAUCUCAGGGAAAGUUUACACCCACGGCUUUAUGCUCGGAACAGAGAAUACACUUUGUGACUAAGGAACAUCUUUACAGUUCCUGAGGCACAGUCCACAUUUCAUUGGGACCACUUUUAUACAGUGAGCAAUAAAGUAAACUUGUAGACUUCAAAGUGUCGCAUCUGUUUUUUUUCUGUGCAUGUACAUUUGUGGUACACUGGAUUUGCGAGUAAGCUGAAUUCCUGCAAAGCCUGGGUACGUAAUAAAACCUCUUGGGAAAGUUGAUGCGCUUUGGAAACCACACGUGAAAACAUGCGUGUCUGUGUGUGUCUUUUAGCACCAGAGAAACCAUGUUUUCCUGGGUACGUAGCUUCAGCCUGUAGUAGUACACGGACUGAUUAAAUUAGGAUUUCUGUUCUUAACAGAGCAGAAAUUCACAUUGCUGUGGGAACCGAGUCUCAAACUUUUGAGGCCAACUAUAU